GGUGAGAUGAGGUGAUGACUGAGGUUCCAAGCAUCGGCAGUUCCCUCCACUUUCGGCAUUGCGGGUCCAUCCAGUCUUGCCACGGCCAUGACGCAAGACUCAGGUGUCUGACAAAUGCGUGUUCUGGAGCAUUGAAUACUCCAAGCGAUCGCCUUCUCACCACGUAACUCUCCAUCUCUUCCUCUAUCCUCAAAAUCGUCGCACUCCGAGUUCAAACCACAACACCACCCCUCCUCCCACAAUCAUGGCCACCACCACCUCCAUCUUCAAGCACAUCGACCCCACCAGCUCGACAAGCACCAAACCGUGGGCCAAAGUCGACGGCCCAGGCAAAUCCUUCCAACAACUCGACCACACCCGCAAAGUCUACAACAUCCGCGGGCGCGAGCACGAAUUCACCACCGACAACAGCGGCUUCGCCGUCUUCCGCGAGCCCGCAAAAGAAAAGCUGUUCGAAGACGACGCCGCCGUGCGCGGCCCCUACUACGAUGAAGUGGUCGCGCUGCUGAAGAAGACGCAGCCUGGCGUCAAGAAGGUGGUGAUUUUCGACCACACCAUUCGGCGACGGAAGCCGGAUUCGCCGCGCCAGCCUGUACAGCAGGUGCAUGUGGAUCAAACGCCUGAGGCGGCGGCGGCAAGAGUGAGGCGGCAUUUGCCCGCCGACGAGGCGGAGGAGCUGCUCAAGGGGCGAUACCAGAUUGUCAAUGUGUGGCGGCCGAUUGAGAAUCCGGCGAGCGAUUUCCCGCUUGCUGUGAUUGAUUGGCGCUCUACAUCGCCCAAGGACUUUGUGCCUGUCGAUCUGAUGUACCCCAAGCGCGCCGAUUCUGCCAUGGAUGACGACGACCGUGGGAAGGAGAAGCUGCCUUCCGAGCAGACGUAUGACAGCGCGGAGGGGUAUGAGGUCAAGGGCGAGACGAUGGCUGUGGCGGCGAGCGAGCAACAUCGCUUCCACUAUGUUAAGGAUAUGACUCCCGAUGAGGUGAUGUUGCUGAAGUGCUUUGAUUCAUGGGGCGAUGCGAUGCCGAACGGCAAGAAGGGCAUUGCGGUCCGCACGCCGCAUACAGCUUUCAUUGAUCCCAAUACUCCGGAAGACGCGCCGGGAAGGCAGUCGAUUGAGGUACGAUGCUUGGUGUUCUACGAGUAGCCGAGUCGAGUAGAAUAGAUUGUGAAUUUUUAAACUUGUUUUAUCUGCUUGACACGAGCCUGGU